GCGCGCCAGUUUGGCUCAUAUUCGUAUCGUUCAUGUUCUUGUCGGCAUGUUAUUUUGACUUCAAAUCCUACUCUGUUUAUGAAAGUAAAGAUAUUAAAUUUUAUAUGUUCUAGAUUUUUUUUUUGUUUAUAACUUUCGUUUUUAAAGGGUUGUCAAAAAUUACCUUCAUUAAUUUUGUUUAGGUUUGACGUGAUAAAUAUCAUUUCUAUAUUGUUUUGACAAGUGAAUAUAUAUAUUGUAUUUCAGCUGAUUUUCUUCAUUGGGGCGGUGACAGAUUAAGGUUAUCAGUUAGCUAGGGAAUUGGAAUUGGAAUAUAUAAGAAAGUGGACUAUUAAAGUUGUUCUUUAACGACGAGUCAAAUGAAUCACGUGUAGAUUUUCUUAACAUUAUGGUGCAGUUUAUGUGUUGGAAAUAAUUACGAUCGUUCAAAUUCUCUUGAAAGAGUUCACGCUAAGUGGUCGACAUGAUUGGUGGUUUGUUCGUGUACAACCACAAAGGCGAGGUGCUGAUAUCCCGCAUCUAUCGCGAUGACAUAGGGAGGAACGCCGUGGACGCGUUCCGUGUGAACGUGAUCCACGCCCGUCAGCAAGUGCGUUCCCCCGUCACCAACAUCGCCAGGACGUCCUUCUUCCACAUCAAGAGAGCCAACAUCUGGCUGGCGGCAGUCACCAAGCAGAACGUCAACGCUGCCAUGGUUUUCGAGUUCCUGCUGAAGAUCAUCGACGUCAUGCAGUCGUACUUCGGCAAGAUAUCGGAGGAGAGCAUCAAGAACAACUUUGUCCUCAUCUACGAACUCCUGGAUGAAAUCCUGGACUUUGGAUACCCCCAGAACUCGGACACGGGCGUGCUGAAGACCUUCAUCACGCAGCAGGGCAUCAAGUCUCAGACCAAGGAGGAGCAGGCCCAGAUAACGUCGCAGGUCACCGGGCAGAUCGGCUGGCGGCGCGAGGGCAUCAAGUACCGUCGCAACGAGCUCUUCCUCGACGUGCUGGAGUACGUCAACCUGCUCAUGUCUCCCCAGGGCCAGGUGCUGUCGGCCCACGUGGCGGGCAAGGUGGUGAUGAAGUCCUACCUGUCAGGGAUGCCAGAGUGCAAGUUCGGCAUCAACGACAAGAUCGUGAUGGACGCCAAGGGCAAGGCGCCGGCCGCCGGGCCGGAGGACCCCGCCCGCUCGGGCAAGCCCGUGGUCGUCAUCGACGACUGCCAGUUCCACCAGUGCGUCAAGCUCAGCAAGUUCGAGACAGAGCACUCCAUCAGCUUCAUUCCCCCGGACGGGGAGUUCGAGCUCAUGCGGUACCGCACGACCAAGGACAUCUCGCUGCCGUUCCGAGUGAUCCCGCUGGUGCGGGAGGUGGGCCGCACCAAGAUGGAGGUGAAGGUGGUGCUGAAGAGCAACUUCAAGCCCUCGCUGCUGGGCCAGAAGAUAGAGGUGAAGAUCCCGACGCCACUCAACACCUCGGGUGUGCAGCUCAUCUGCCUCAAGGGCAAGGCCAAGUACAAGGCCUCGGAGAACGCCAUCGUCUGGAAGAUCAAGCGCAUGGCCGGCAUGAAGGAGACGCAGCUGUCUGCUGAGAUUGAGCUGCUGGAGACAGACACCAAGAAGAAGUGGACCAGGCCUCCCAUCUCCAUGAACUUUGAGGUUCCCUUUGCUCCAUCAGGCUUCAAGGUGCGCUACUUGAAGGUGUUCGAGCCAAAACUGAACUACUCCGACCAUGAUGUUAUCAAAUGGGUGCGUUACAUCGGUCGCAGCGGUCUUUACGAGACAAGAUGCUAAUUGUAAUGAGGGAUACAUUCUCAGAAAUUGUCUUUGUUUAUUAAAAACCUUUGUUUUCAAGAUGGGAAAAUAAUACUCAUGUGAAGAAAACCAAUUGUCUAUAUUACGUUUACAAAGUACAGUUGACAACCUGUAUUAGCUUGUAAUGUGCUUAUUUUCAUUAUCUGGUAACACCAUCGUCAUAGGGAAGCUUGUAUGAAGCCUUUGUGUAUAUGUACUGUAUUUGUUGUAAACAGUAGACAGAGAAAUUUACUUAACGCAUUUAUCAUGAUAGUGCAUGUAAUUGUACAGAAAAAUUAAAGGCAUUUCUAGUUAAGAACUUUAUCGUAGUCCAAAAACAAGUAGUUUUACUUGUAUCAGAUUUCCUGGUUUGCAAAUAUAUUGGUUCUUUUGUGAAAUGUCUUCAUAUGUUUCACUGCUCCUUAGAUACUAAUUUUUUUUGUGUAGUCAAUUUGUGAUGUGUUAAUGAGACUAUGUGUUAUUUUUCAUAAUUGUAAAAGCAGUAAAUGAUGAUUUAAAUGCAUAUCAUUGUUGGUGUCUCAAAUAAAUGAUAUGAAAUGUUAAGCUGUGUUU